AUGGACACACAGUUCAUGGCCUCCAUGAUGCACGCUCUGCCGGCGCUUUCGAGCCAAGGCUCUCCUUACGUCGCUUCUGACUCGAGCGCCUCAACCAAAGUAGCCUCGAGGGAUUCUGCUGUCGGUCUCGGCUUGCCCAGAGAGCAUGCAGAAUCAACGGCCUCCAGCACAACCACUCGGGAACGCUUUCACGACUCGUACGAGUCUGCCCAAGAUCCAUACGUCGCCCCAGACAUUCGCGACGAUACAGACGCCUCUUCGGUCGAAGAUGUUGGAGCUGAGCUCACACCAGACCGCAGAGAGAGCGUGCCCUACGAGACAACGAGCAAACUCUUCCCCGCGCCUCGAACUAUCGUACAGCACGAUCAGACAAAGUCAAAUCUGGCCAGUUGGGCGCCCACGGCUGCACCUGUUCCGACGCAGACUGAUAAUCUGCCCGAGGUCGGCGAAUCCAACAUGACAGCGCUACCUAUCUCGAAAGUACAGCAAGAGCUCAACUCUGGCCUGCUUGCCAUGAUGUCACUACAGAUCUUCGAAGAUUUGCUGAAGGAUCCCUUGGGACGGCAUCGCUUUCGAGAGUGGUACAUCACCAACAGGGGACAUCCUGGCAAAAUUGACAUGUAUUGGGACGCGGCCGUCUUUGCGCGCCUGCUCACGCAACUCUCCUUGGGCGCCACGGGCAUCCGGCAUCUCUACGUUCAAGACGGCGCGCCCUUGCCCGUCCAUCUGACAUCGGAAGCCGAGAAGGAAGUCACGAGCACGCUGCUACAGCUCGAAGCCGUGCAAUCCUCCUUCCAGAUUGCGCAGUCUGAGAUUCUGCAAGAGAUGUAUGCCUCAGAGUUUCCGGCGUUCGUGAAAGCCAAGCUCGUGCAAGAAGCGCAUGUGCAACUUGGCAAGCUACGGCUCGACGCAGAAGGCAAUAGCUCCGGGCUAGGCGACUGCUGGUGUUUGACGAAUCCGAGACUCAAAGAUCAUCCUAUCGUCUUGGCUAGUCCUGGCUUCGAGGAUCUGACUGGGUACACGCGCGAAGAGAUCUGCGGACGGAACUGUCGCUUCUUGCAAGGUCCAUCGUCCUCGCAAGAAUCGGUGGGACGGAUCCGCGAUGCGCUCAACCGUGGCGAAGGUUGCAGCGAAUUGAUCCUGAACUACAGGCGAUCAGGCCAACCUUUCUACUGCUUGCUGACCAUCAUGCCACUGAAGUCAAAGUCAGGCGACAUCGUUUACUUCCUUGGCGGCCAAGUCGACGUUGGUUCCAGCUUUGCCAACAAGGGAAAUCUCAACGCUUUCCUGCUCGGCGGAGCAGAGGCCACGAAUACUGCCACCGGUAACAACAGCUUUUCGCCGACGAUGGUCGCCUAUAAUUCUGCUUUGGCUUCGGGUAUGUCGGCAAAGCAGAGCUAUCGUUCGGCAAGUCAGCGAGCUGCAGCUGGCACGCUCUAUCAGGACGGCAAUGACGACAAGUCGCUCUAUGAUGCUGUCCAGCCGAGGAAGACCUUAGCUUCUCGUAUCUUCAGCACUGGUCGCAGCAAGCGCAACGUGUCUUCGGCCACUAUGACGCCCAAGCAGGGCAUCGUCGGCGCGGAAGCUUCGCUUGGCGCUACCACUUUGCCAAUCGAUCAACAGAUCGAACGCUUCGAGUCUGCCUACACUCGCGUGCUCGUCUUCAGACCUAUCAAGACGAAACUCGAAGUUCUCUUCCUGACGCCUAUGCUCUUACAAUAUCUCGGGCAGACAGAUUAUAAUGCCCAUCUUUCCCGAUAUGUCCAUAAAGAUCUCUUGUCGCUCUUGACAGCUGGCACCAAAGAGGCCACGCGAGCCAUGCGACGAACUGUGCUUGGUCGAGUCAUGCUCGGCAAGCCUUACUCGAUCGAAUCCGUUGGCGUCAAAUGCCUCCAUCAGGCAAAGUUGCUCAGAGAGGCAGACUACACGACCAAGUGGACUCGACUACAUAUCACGCCACUUCAGGAACGACAAGGCAAUGUCGUCGCCUUCACUGCUGUAUUUGCUUGA